AAUACGACAUUGACAAUUGACAUGUAGGUACAGAAGUCGCCAUAUUCGUGACAUUGGAAGGUUUCGUUAAUAACACAAUUAAUAUGUUUUAAAUUCAAUUACUAAUAAGUUUAAUAAUUAAUUCAAACGCUGCAGUUACAUUUUUAAAACAGUGCAUAAUUAGUGGUAUUUCAAUCAGAAUGAAGAAAUUUCCACACAUUUAACCAAAAAAUAUUAAUUAAAAACAAUUACUAUUAAUAAGAAUAAUUUUAUGAGUACUUUAAUUAGUAUUAUCUUUGUGAGUCGUUCUAAUAGUAUAAUGUAUUCUGUAACUUAGUUCUUUAAGUGGGUCCAAAUUUCAAACAUGCUAAAUUUAUUAUUAUAAGGUGAAUUUAGAAAAUAAUUAAAUUAAGUAGAUAUGGCUAGUUCAUUUGAUCACGAGGAUAAGGAUUCUUGGUAUUUUGGGGCCAUAGGCAGACAUGAAGCUACAAAUUUGCUCAUGGAGGAACGAGAAGGUGGUGUGUUUCUUGUGAGAGAUAGUGCAACUUGUUUAGGAGAUUAUGUUUUAUGUGUUAAGGAGGACAGUAAAGUUAGUCAUUAUAUAAUAAAUAAAACACAACUACAGGAUCAACCACGCUAUAAAAUUGGGGAUAAUUUUUUUAAGAAUAUACCAGACUUAUUAUGCUUUUAUAAAGUACACUACUUAGAUACCACUCCUCUAAUUAGACCUGCUAGUAAAAAGGUUGAAAAAGUUAUAGCAAAAUUUGACUUUGAUAGUAAGGAAAAGGAUGAUCUUAGUUUUAAGAAAGGAGAUAUAUUAACAAUAUUGUUCAAAGAUGAAGAACAAUGGUGGACUGCAAGGGAUAAGAAUGGUAGAACUGGUUCAAUUCCUGUACCAUAUGUUCAAAAAAUAGAAGAAAAUCACUCUCCUGUAGAAAUCCCUAGGCCUGGAUCAGGUGGUCCAGCUAGUAAUAUUUCUUUACAAUCAGAAGCAGCCAAAAGGAACCAAAUGCAGCGAAAACUACCAGCGAAAGCGCGAGUCAAACAAGUAAGAAUUCCAAAUGCUUAUGAUGAUACUGCUUUAAAAUUAGAAAUAGGCGAUGUCAUAACUGUGACAAAAACUAAUAUAAAUGGACAAUGGGAAGGGGAACUUAAUGGUAAAACUGGAUACUUUCCAUUCACCCAUGUUGAAUUUUUGGAUGAAGAAAAUGAAAGUUAGUUAUUCAUACUCUGAGAUGUAAAUUUUUUUAAAUAUUUUGCUAUUUGUAUAGAGCUCGAAUUUUUAUUGUAUAUUUAUUGAUUUUAAUUGUAAUUGGCACUAACAUUAAUCCCAUCUUUAUAUACAUAUAAAUAUAUAUAUACAUAC